GCCUGAGGGCGGGGUAAUUCCUGAGCUGCCCGAAUGAUUAGCCGAGGUGGCGCCCCGCCUCCUGCUCCUUCUGCCCGCGGGGUGUCACCGCGCUGCGUUGGGGAAGGGGCAAGGGGGCCGAGUCCUAAGGCGGCUGGCGGGCUGUACGACUUGAUUUAAUAGCCUACCACUGAGGAAGAUGUGUUGGAAUAACUGCUGAAACUGCCUUUUAUUGACCAGAAACCAUCUUUUUUUGUACUUAUUUUUGCUUUCCCUACCGCUUUGAGCUUUAUUGUAAAAGCUGAAAAACUUGGAAAAUAAAAUGAACAUGCUGUGGUCUUGAAUAUAAUUUUUUGAGAAAAAAUUAAAGUGCCAGAGUGAAAGCCAGAAUGGCAUCCAGAGAGAGGCUUUUUGAACUUUGGAUGCUUUAUUGUACGAAGAAAGAUCCAGAUUACCUAAAGCUGUGGUUGGACAAUUUUGUUUCUAGCUAUGAACAGUUCUUAGAUGUUGAUUUUGAAAAGCUGCCUACAAGGGUAGAUGAUGUACCUCCAGGAAUAUCUCUACUUCCUGAUAAUAUUCUGCAGGUUCUGAGGAUCCAGCUGGUACAAUGUGUUCAGAAAAUGGCAGAUGGGUUAGAGGAACAACAACAAGCUUUGUCAGUUUUGCUUGUCAAGUUCUUCAUUAUUCUUUGCAGAAAUCUAUCAAAUGUGGAAGAAAUUGGAACAUGUUCAUAUAUUAAUCAUGUGAUCACCAUGACAACACUCUAUAUUCAGCAAUUAAAAAGCAAGAAAAAAGAGAAGGAAAUGGCAGAUCAGACGACUGUUGAAGAAUUUGUGAUUCAUGCAUUGGCAUUUUGUGAAAGUUUAUAUGAUCCAUAUAGGAAUUGGAGACAUAGAAUUUCAGGACGGAUUCUUAGUUCUGUGGAAAAGAGCAGACAGAAAUAUAAACCAGCUUCUCUCACUGUGGAAUUUGUUCCUUUCUUUUAUCUGGAAGUUCUUAUGCGAGUUUUGGCAGACUGUGAUUCCUGGGAGGAUGGAGAUCUUGAAGAAGUCAGUAGGAAGGUAGAACUCACCCUUAAGUGUCUUACAGAAGUGGUGCAUAUACUUCUCGCCAGCAGCUCUGACCAGCGUCAAGUGGAAACCAGUACUAUUCUGGAGAAUUAUUUUAAAUUGCUCAAUUCAGAUCAUUCAACUUUACCUAAUCAAAGGAGGUCCAGACAAUGGGAAAGCCGAUUUAUAGCAUUGCAGAUCAAAAUGUUAAAUACCAUCACAGCCAUGUUAAACUGCGCAGAUAGGCCUGUUCUUCAAGCCAUUUUUCUUAACAGUAAUUGCUUCGAACAUCUCAUACGACUGCUACAGAACUGCAAGGUGUUUCAGGGACAGUUGGAUUGUCUGGCUAUAUCAACCAUUCAGGCUUUGACUGCAAUAAUGAACAAAUCUCCAGCUGCUAAGGAAGUAUUUAAAGAAAGAAUUGGUUACACACAUAUGUUUGAAGUAUUAAAGUCUCUGGGUCAGCCAUCCCUGGAACUACUUAAAGAACUCAUGAAUAUGGCUGUAGAGGGUGACCAUACUUCAGUUGGGAUUUUGGGAAUUAGUAAUGUCCACCCUCUCUCGCUUCUUAUCCAGUGGCUUCCAGAGCUAGAAUCUCAUGACCUGCAAGUCUUCAUCUCUGAUUGGCUAAAGAGAAUUUGUUGUAUUAAUAGGCAGAGUCGAACUAUUUGUGUCAAUGCAAACAUGGGAGUUAAGAUCAUUGAAACCCUUGAUUCCCAUUCUUCCCUCCAUCGUACUUGUGCUGAGAAUUUGAUUGCAAUUCAUGGUUCCUUAGGGAGUCAGUCAGUAAGCUCAGAAGAAGUCCGUCGACUGCUAAGCUUGCUGAGAGUGGAUGAAUGUAAGGUUAUUCACCCUUACACCCCUCCUGUGACUCGAGCUAUCCUAACAAUGGCCCGAAAACUGAGUCUUGAGAGUGCACUGCAGUAUUUUAAUUUAUCACAUAGUAUGGCAGGAAUUUCUGUGCCUUCUAUACAGAAAUGGCCAGGGUCUGCCUUUUCUUUCAGUGCUUGGUUUUGCUUAGAUCAAGAUCAAUUGAAUACUGGCAUGGCUAGCAAAGGAGGAAAAAGAAAACAGUUAUACAGCUUUUUUACAGGAAGUGGCAUAGGUUUUGAAGCUUUUAUUACCCAUUCAGGUAUGUUGGUUGUGGCAGUGUGCACAAAAAGAGAAUAUGCAACGGUUAUGCUUCCUGACCACUGUUUUUGUGAUUCUCUUUGGCACAACAUAACCAUUGUUCACAUCCCUGGAAAAAGGCCCUUUGGACAGAGUUUUGUCUAUAUCUAUGACAAUGGACAACCAAAGGUCUCAGCCCCGCUCCGAUUUCCUGCCAUAAAUGAACCUUUCACUUCCUGCUGUAUUGGUUCUGCUGGGCAAAGAACCACCACUCCCCCACCAUCUCAGAUCCCAGAUCCACCUUUCUCUUCUCCCAUUACUCCUCAUCGGACAACAUUUGGAGGAAUUCUGUCAUCAGCAUCCUGGGGAGGACCAGUUGAAAAAUCAAAAUCAGUUACUAAGUUGAUAUCUGCUGGAACCCAAGACAGUGAGUGGGGAUGCCCCACAUCCCUGGAGGGUCAGCUGGGGUCUGUUAUUAUCUUCUGUGAAGCACUGCAACCUCCUCAGGUGAAAGUAUUAUACUUAGCAGGUCCAAAUUGUUUAAGCCCUUGGAAAUGUCAAGAGUCUGACAUGGCUGAACUGCCUGGUAACAUCCUUCUUCAUUACACAGCAAAGGCCUGCAAAAAUUCAAUCUGCCUUGAUUUAUCUACUAAUUGUUUGCAUGGAAGAUUAACAGGAAACAAAGUGGUGAACUGGGACAUUAAGGACAUCAUCAACUGCAUAGGUGGAUUGAAUGUACUGUUUCCUUUGUUGGAGCAAAUCAGCCACAUGAGUAAAGAGCAGAUUGCUGAAGGAAGGAGUGAAAGCACAGAUCCUGAAUUGGUUGCACCUGUGGAAAGAGAUAGCAUGGUGCCAACCUCCACAAAGGCAUCAGAAUCAAGACUAGAGAAAAAUCUAGUGGCAACAUUUAUCUUGAUUGUGAAACAUCUUAUUCAGAGACACCCAAUCAACCAGGACAACCUCAUUCAUUCCCAUGGAGUUGCAACUCUUGGCACCUUACUUCAGAAGGUACCAAGCACCUUAAUGGAUGUUAAUGUAUUGAUGGCAGUUCAAUUACUAAUUGAGCAGAUAUCCUUAGAGAAAAAUGUGCUGCUUCUGCAACAAAUGUACCAGUAUUUACUCUUUGACUUCCGUGUUUGGAAUCGUGGAGAUUUUCCCUUCCGAAUUGGUCAUAUACAGUAUCUUUCAACAAUCAUUAAAGAUAGUAGAAGAGUUUUCCGAAAGAAGUAUGGUGUGCAGUUUCUCCUAGAUACACUUAGGAUUUAUUAUGGGAGUGGUUGUAAACAUAAUGAGCUAUCUCUAGACGAUAUUCAAACGAUAAGAAGUUCUUUGUAUGGACUAAUUAAAUAUUUUCUGUGCAAAGGUGGAACUCAUGAAGAGAUACAAAGUAUUAUGGGUUACAUAGCUGCUACAAAUGAAGAAGAACAGCUCUUUGGAAUUUUGGAUGUGCUCUGUGUUCUCCUAUGUACCAGCCCAACAAGAGGUCAGCUUUACUUACUGCUGUUUGAACCAGGAAAUGCUGACAUCCUUUAUGCAUUACUCUUAAAUCAGAAGUACUCUGAUAAACUACGGGAAGUUGUUUUCAAGGUUAUGGAACAGAUGUUGAAAUGCACAAAUGUUUAUGAACGUAGUAAACAACGUAUUCGACUCAGAGAAGUUGGCUACUCAGGAUUGGGACUCCUCCUUAAUGAAGCAUCCAUUAACACCUCUCUCAUUAAAAACCUUACCAAUCAGAUCAUAUAUACAGACCCUGUUAUUAAUUUCAAAGAUCUGUUAUCUGUGUUAUAUAUCUCUCACAGGACAUAUAUAAAUGUCAGAGUGGUUCUCUGCAGAAAGGUUAACAUAUUUUGUAGAAUAUUUCACUAUAAAGAAAUUGAAAGCUGUGAAGAGGAGCUUCUUCAGUUGCUGACAGAUAUUUUGAAUUAUGUAAUGUUUAAGGGUCUAGAAAAGUCUGAUAAUGAAUCUUGGAUUGAACGGGGACAAGUAUUUUCCGCACUAACUAAACCAGGAAUAUCCAGUGAGCUACUUAGACCAUCAGAUGAAAUAAAACAAAAUGAUGCUUAUGUUUAUCAGCUUUUAGAGGAUAUCAUGCUACUCUUUGAGUGUCUAUCCGUCUGGUAUUCUGAAAGUCCAGUAUGGGUAAAACUUUCUCAAAUUCAGAUCCAGUUGCUCCUGGGAUUCAUUGAAAGCAGCAAUUUGCAGAUUUGUGCAGUGGCAUCAGCCAAGCUAAAUACACUUCUUCAGACCAAAGUGAUUGAAAGCCAGGAGGAAGCCUGUUAUAUUUUAGGGAAGCUGGAACAUGUUCUCAGUCAUUCAAUCAAAGAGCAGACUGAAACCUACUCAUUUCUGAUUCCCCUUAUCCGUACUCUGGUGUCCAAAAUUUAUGAACUUCUCUUCAUGAACUUGCACCUGCCUUCUUUACCUUUUACCAAUGGUAGCUCCUCAUUUUUUGAAGAUUUUCAAGAAUAUUGCAGUUCAAAUGAAUGGCAAGUUUACAUAGAAAAAUAUAUUAUUCCUUAUAUGAAGCAAUAUGAAACUAAUACAUUUUAUGAUGGUCAUGAGAACAUGGCACUUUAUUGGAAGAAUUGUUAUGAAGCCUUAAUGGUGAAUAUGCAUAAGCGAGACCGGGAAGGAGGGGAAAGCAAGCUUAAAUUUCAGGAGUUUUUUGUGGAGCCAUUUAAUCGAAGAGCACGACAAGAGAACUUGAGGUAUAAUAAUAUGCUUAAACAACUGAGCACUCAGCGACUAGCUGCUCUUAGACUCUGGAAGGCAGUACGGCUGUAUCUUACAUGUGAAAGGGGACCUUGGGCUGAAAGGAAACAGAAUCCAAUUCACUGGAAACUAGCUAAUGUAGAAAAUUAUUCCCGCAUGAGACUUAAACUGGUACCAAACUAUCAUUUCAAAACUCAUGAAGAAGCUAGUGCCUUGAGAGAUAACUUCGGUAUCCAACACUCACAGAACUCCAGUGAUUCAUUGCUUUUGGAAGUAGCAAAACAAGUGAAGGUUAAUGACAUGGAAGAGGAUAAAUUAGAACUUUUUGAAGAGGAUAUACCAGCCAGAGUAAAUAUUGAUGAGAAAGAACAGGAUCAAAAAGAAAAAUUGGUAUUAACAGAAGACUGUGAACUUAUCACAAUAAUUGAUGUAAUUCCUGGCAAAUUUGAAAUCACUACUCAACACAUAUACUUCUACGAUGGCAGCAUUGAAAAAGAAGAUGGAGUAGGCUUUGAUUUCAAGUGGCCUCAUUCUCAAAUUCGAGAGAUUCACUUACGGCGUUACAACUUAAGGAGAUCAGCCCUUGAAAUUUUUCAUGUUGACCAGUCCAACUACUUUCUCAACUUCAAAAAAGAGGUUAGAAAUAAAGUAUAUAGCCGACUACUAUCAUUUAAUUCUCCAAAUAGUUAUGGAACAAGAUCACCACAGGAGUUAUUUAGAGCAUCAGGAUUGACACAGAAAUGGGUGAACAGAGAGAUAUCAAAUUUUGAUUAUCUCAUUCAAAUAAAUACAAUGGCAGGACGAACUUACAAUGACCUUGCACAAUAUCCUGUGUUUCCCUGGAUUUUACAAGAUUAUACCUCAGGAGAAUUGGACCUUAAUAAUCCCACUGUAUUUCGAGAUCUCUCCAAACCAAUUGGGGUAGUUAAUGAUAAAAAUGCCAAAAUCAUGCGAGAAAAAUAUGAAAAUUUUGAAGAUCCUUUGGGAACAAUUGAUAAGUUUCAUUAUGGUACUCACUAUUCAAAUUCUGCAGGGGUCAUGCAUUAUCUUAUCCGUGUAGAGCCAUUCACCACCCUUCACAUCCAGCUCCAGAGUGGAAGAUUUGACUGUGCAGAUCGACAGUUCCAUUCCAUCCCUGCUACCUGGCAAGCUCUCAUGGAUAAUCCCUAUGAUGUGAAGGAACUUAUUCCUGAAUUCUUCUAUUUCCCAGAGUUUUUGGAAAAUCAAAAUCAAUUUAACUUGGGUCGUCUACAAGUUUCCAAAGAACUAGUAAAUGAUGUUAUUCUCCCAAAAUGGGCCAAAUCAGCUGAAGAUUUCAUCUAUAAACAUAGGAAAGCUCUGGAAUCUGAAUAUGUUUCUGCUCAUCUUCAUGAAUGGAUAGAUCUGAUUUUUGGCUAUAAACAGAGGGGGCCAGCUGCAGUGGAGGCACUCAAUGUUUUCUAUUACUGUAGUUAUGAAGGAGCUGUGGAUCUGGAUGCUUUAACAGAUGAAAAGGAACGAAAAGCCUUAGAAGGGAUGAUUAAUAAUUUUGGACAAACACCUUGUCAACUGUUAAAGGAACCACACCCUCCUAGAUUAACAGCAGAGGAAGCAGUACAGAAGCAGACCAAAACAGACUUUUCAACCCUAAACCUGUUUCAACACCUUCCUGAACUCAAGUCUUUUUUUAUAGAGGGAAUUAGUGAUGGUAUUCCACUAUUAAAGGCCAUUGUCCCCCAAAAUCAGUCUCGUUCUUUUAUUUCUCAAGGCAGCCCUGAGUUACUGGUAACAGUAAGCAUGAACUAUGUUAUUGGAACCCAUGGAUGGCUGCCUUAUGACAGAAAUAUUUCUAAUUACUUUACAUUCAUCAAGGAUCAAACUGUGACAAAUCCAAAAACUCAGCGAAGUAUAAGUGGUCCUUUUGCUCCAGGCCUGGAACUCACUUCUAAGCUAUUUGUGGUGUCACAUGAUGCCAAGUUGCUCUUCAGUGCUGGACACUGGGAUAAUAGCAUUCAAGUGAUGUCACUUACAAAAGGCAAAAUUAUCUCACACAACAUCAGACAUAUAGAUAUUGUGACUUGCUUAGCUACAGAUUACUGUGGAAUACAUUUGAUUUCUGGUUCCAGAGAUACUACAUGUAUGAUAUGGCAAAUAACACAACAGGGAGGCGUUCCUGUGGGCUUAGCAUCUAAACCCUUUCAGAUUCUUUAUGGACACACUGAUGAGGUACUGAGUGUUGCCAUCAGCACUGAGCUAGACAUGGCAGUAUCAGGAUCAAGGGAUGGCACUGUGAUUGUAUAUACCAUUAAGAAAGGUCAGUACAUGAGGACUCUACGACCACCUUGUGAGAGUUCUCUGCACCUGACCAUUCCCAGUUUGGCUAUAUCUUGCGAAGGACAAAUUGUCAUCAACUCCAGCACUGAAGAAAGGACCACCUUUAAGGAUAAGAAUUCAUUACAUUUGUUUUCAGUAAAUGGCAAGUAUCUGGGAUCUCAAGUCCUGAAGGAACAAGUAUCAGAUAUGUGUAUAAUUGGAGAACAUAUUGUCACGGGCAGUUUACAAGGGUUGCUGUCUAUAAGAGAUCUCCACAGUUUGAAUCUCAGCAUCACACCAUUAGACAUGCGAUUGCCUAUCCACUGUGUUUGUGUAACUAAGGAGUACAGCCAUAUUCUAGUAGGUUUAGAAGACGGCAAAUUGAUUGUAGUGGGUGUUGGCAAGCCUGCUGAGAUGCGUUCAGGUCAGCUUUCCCGAAAGUUGUGGGGAUCUAACAAGCGACUCAGCCAGAUUUCAGCUGGAGAAACCGAAUAUAAUACUCAAGAUUCCAAGUGAUUAUUUCCAUCUUCUGUCUUGGAUAACUGAAACUUAAUUUAUUGAUUUUUCACUUUGACCACAUCUCUCAACUCUCCAAAAGGGUUUAAAGCUUUUAUCUCUGAAAAAUCCCUUAGGGUUUUCUAUCAUUUGGUGUGGUGUGUAUAGAUUUUUGGUUAGUGUUAACCAAUUCUUGGUCUCUACUAAGAUAGAUUUGAUAACCUAUAUUUCAUUUAAUUUGAUGACCCAUUCCUAAAAUUAAUUAGAACUAUUAAAUUUUCAAAAUGAAGGUAGAUUCAAUUUAUUUAUUAUACAAAGUUGCAAAAUUUAAGGUAUUUCUAGUAAGUACAGACAAUGGGCUGAGAAAUGUGGUUUUCUAAACAUUCUGUAAUCAUUUUCCAAUUUUCUGACUGCCACAUUGAAAAAUUAUUCAUGAAUCUCCUGAUGGGAGGUAGUAAUUUUUAAUGCAUUUGUUGCACACUUAGUUUUUUAAAACUCAACAAAAAUUCCAUGAUGCAUGGUAAGAUUAAAAUAAAAAUAUUGAAACUGGUACUAGUGGCUCAUUCCUCUACUAAUUAACAUGCUGUUAAUGAAAAUUUGAGUUGUAUUAUCUUAGAUAAUAUAAGCUGCAUAGGAAAAAAAGAAGCUAGAGAUACAUUUUACAGAUUUGUUUCAUUAUAGUAUAUUUAAGGAAAAAUUGUUAUUUUAACAAUGGGUAUUUUAAGUAACAUUUAGAACAUAAUUUACAGUUUCUAAAUUUCUUGGCUUUUUCUUUGCUAAGCAAAUACAGUGUUUUGCUCUUAUAGGUAGAAGAAUUAACUUUAUCCAAAUAUAUUGAUAUUUACCUAGGACAUCUGUAUGACUAAUGAAUGAACGAAAAGGAUAUACAUAAUGUAAUUAUUUACCAUAAUUAAUUUCUUCAUGCUUUUUGUUUGCUUGGUGGUCUGUUGGUUGGUUGAUUAUUUUGAGAUAGGGUCUCACUUUGUACUUUAGGGUGGCCUUAAAGUUUUAGGAAUCUUCCUGCCUCAGCCUCCUGAAUGCUAGGAUUACAGGCAUGUACCAAUGCACCUAACUGCUACAAUAAUUUUUUAAAAACACUUCUAUUACAUGUUAUGUACAGCUUUUAGGAUUACAGUUAGUCUUGUAGGUAACUGGGUGUUAUGUUAUGCUUUCUUAUUCACAAUUUUGUAGUAAAAAGCUAAAUAAUUUAUUUGGAGUGCAAAGACCUUGUUAAGCCUAGUUCUUUUAUAAAAUCAUCUCUGGAGAUAAGUUAAAGAACUUUUACAACUACAAGAGUUACUCCUCUGAAAUUCCAUGGGCUUAGGGUAUAUGAACUCCUACAGUUACGCAGAACAUUAUCAUGUAAAGUGCACUUUCAGGAAAAAGAAUCACUUAUGUGUAUUUCUUAAAGGGUUUACAAACAAAGACUUUUAUAAUAAUAGCUUAAGAUAGUAUAUUUUAUUUCACAUGUCACAGAUUUUCUUAUAUCCAGUUUUUGGUUUUUUGUUUGUUUUUUUUUAAAUGAAUCUUGCUGAGAUUUUUCCUUUGCAUUUUCUCUCCUGUUGAGCAUAGUAUCCAGGGCCCUUUUCUUUAUAAUCCUAUGAAUUAGGGGGAAAAAAUUAGAAAAUAAAGGAUUCUAUGUAGGGAAACUAUGGAAUAAUUUUUUAUGAAUCAAGAGUAAUAAAAAUUUAGUUUUCUAAUUUAAAUCCUCUUGUUCAGGAAAAAAAUGUUUUAGGUAAAUAACACUAAAAUAAAUAGUACAAAAAUAGAACAUGUGUAAAUGUGAAGGUUUCCUUUCCUGAGUUCAGGAAUUUAUGUUAGAAAAAAUAUCUCAUAGGCCAGUGUGAUGACACAUAACUGUAAUCCCAGUAUCCUGGGAGGGUGAGAAAGGAAUAUUGCAAGUACAAGCCCAACCUGGCCAAUUUGGCAAUGUAACAGAAACUGUGUCUCAAAAUAAAAGGCUUAGGAUAUAACUCAUUGCAGAGCCCUAGGCUCAAGCCCCCCUUCCAUCACAAAAAACAAAGACCCCCAGCAAGUCAACAGAGAUAUUACACUGUAUAAGAGGGAGGUAUUGUUACUAUUAGGUUUGUUGUUUCUGUGGCUUCCAGUCUUGGGCUGUACCAAGGCACACCAGAGCCAUAUCAUGCUUUAUGUUACAGGUUUAAAGACAAUAAGUCAGUAGAGCCAACAUGAUUGAAUUUGCUUGCUUGCUUGCUUGCUUGCUUGUAACAUUCUGAUUUUUGAGAGGCAACCUUUUCUAAGUCAAAACUUUGUAAAUUUUUCUUUCAGUUAUUGACAACAG